UGUAUGCCUGGCUCUGAAUGAAUUGGAAAACCUCAGUGUUGUAAAUCAAUGGGAAGCCACUCUGAGAGCCAAAACCCCAGCACCAGCCAAGCACCAUUGAUUUUUCUUCCCAAGGAAAAACAUUUUCACUUCUCCCUCCUGCAGCAAGCUGUCCCUGGUGGUCAAGCUGAGAUGACCUCCUCAUGUCUAGGCCACUAUGGAUACCCUUAACACCUCCCUUGUCCCUGGGCGGGAUGACAGGAUUGGUGCCCUCUGGUCAAAGAAUCCCUCCAUCCUUCUCUGUGAGUCAAUCGCCAAAGAUUCCCCAAACCUGUCAACCAAUACUACAAACCCCAAAAACAUGAGACCCUCCUCCGAGGAUCGCAACGUCCACUGUAGUCCUGAGACCGCCAGUGCUGUGAGCCCAGCCAUGGAAUAUAAAUAUGAACUGGGCCUGGCCACAUAUUCAGCUUUAAAACCAGAAAGUAGCUGCCAAAGCCUCUUCACGCUUGAGAAGAACCUCAGAAAAUUUCAAGACAAAGAUGUUGAAAUUCUGAAAAGUGACAUUGUGUUUGGUUCUGAUGGAUCUGCUUACCUUAUUGACAGUGUUAAUAAACCUGACUUGACGCUCCUGCCAGAACUCUGUGGUCAUCUACUACCAAAGGGCUUUUCCCAGGAUUCCCUGCCCAGUGGACAAUGCGAGGUGGGAGGGUCGGACAGCAACUCCAGUAGCACUUCAACGCCAUCUCUCAUCACCACUUUCCACAUAGUAACUACCUACCAAGGCUUUAACUCUGACCAAAUGUUGCAGAAUACCUCAGCCAGGACAGGGCUCAUCCCUGACCUGCACAGUUUCCGUAUAGUUAAUGUCCGGCACAAAACCAAGGUAAACUACCUACAAGACAACAGUUCAGCCAAAAACUCAUAUGAAUCCAAAGAUGUCUCUGCCAAUAAUGUUGAAGUAGGUCAUUUCUCCUCUUGUGAUGGAAAGACACUUGCCAAACCCAUCUUGUUGUGUCUCAUAUGCAAACUGUCAUUUGGGCAAACUGUGUCAUUUAUGGCACAUGCUACUGAUGACCACAAGGUGGUCCUUAUUGAGGAGGAAGAAAAUAUUUUGGGAAUGAAAAAUGUCUCUGCUAUAAUACAAAGCUUUGGGAAAGAAAAAGGACCUCGUAUUAGCUUUCUAGAACCAAAAAGUAACACUCCUAUUUCCUCAGAUUCAACCGAGGACCAUUCAGAUCCCAGCCUGGACCUCAGUGAUGUAGCAAAGGGAAUGUUUCAAGGAUUGGUGAAUGUAAUCUCCACAGACACAACCAAUGAUAUGCCUCUUGUGACCCCAAAAGGCAUUUAUAAUGGAGACCCUGAUAAAGUCCCCAGUUUUGUUCCAAAUCUAUUCUUGGGUGCAUCAACCAAUGAACUGCAACUGGGGAUUCUGAAUAACUGUGGAUUUCAAAGUAGCUUUGCACCUAUGGAAGAUCAAGAAGGCAGAAGUAAGUUUUUGCAACCCAAAAAUUCACAGCCUGUGUCUUCUGUCCAGAACCCAGAUGUCCUAAUAAGUUCUGUAUUAGAAUCUUCAGAUGACUCAGCGUGUUGGAGCCCCAAAGGAUCACAACCAACUGAGGCCAAAGAAAGAAAGCCUGAUAUGGAGAUGGGUCUUCCUUCAGAGUAUGGUGUAAAACAUCUUCAGGAAAAAACUGAAGGAGAUCAAGAUAAAUUUGGGGUAGCACUUGGCAUACCAUCAGCCCAAGGUAGUCACGACAGCACUGAGCAACUACAUUCAAACCAAAGUGUCUUUGAACGUCAAGUAUUGUCUUCACAGGCCAACUCUUGUCCAAAGGAUAUAUCUGCUGUUGUUUCUACCAUGAAAGAUGGUUAUGAAGGGGAAAACCAAAGUAUCGGUAGCCCUUCUGUUGAAACAGAUCAAAUGAAUGGAAGAAUUAGUCCUGCAAGUGACUUCACAAAGAAUUUUCCUCUUCCUUCAGCCAACAGCAAUGGAAAAAAUAGUAUUCUUGGUGAACAACUCAGCUUUAAUACUUCAACCAAUGAUGAGAUUGCUCAAACUCCAAAUGCUGAGAGCUCAGGAGCAGACACCUUCCAAAGUAUCUCUCUUUCUAACCACAUGUCUUUGUUGCACUCCCGCAACUCCUGUAAGACACUGAAAUGCCCAAAAUGCAACUGGCAUUACAAGUAUCAGCAGACUUUGCAGACUCAUUUGAAGGAGAAACAUCCAGAAACAGGAAACCACUGCAUUUACUGCAAUACUGGCCAGUCCCAUCCCCGUUUGGCUCGAGGUGAAAGCUAUACCUGUGGCUAUAAGCCUUAUCGCUGUGAAGUCUGCAAAUACUCCACCACUACAAAGGGCAAUCUUAGCAUCCACAUGCAGUCUGACAAACAUCUUGCAAACCUGCAGGGUCUUCAGAGUUGUAGCAUUGCCAGCAGUGCCAAUGGUGUAGCUCAGGGGCUUGUUCCACCACCACCACCACCACCACCACCACCUUCAAGUAGCAGCAGCAGCAGCCCUAGUGAUACCACUGCCAACCUCUCACCCACUGACAAGCCAAAGCAGAAAGCCUCAUGGCAGUGCAAGGUUUGCAACUAUGAAACCAAUAUCUCAAGAAACCUUCGCAUUCACAUGACAAGUGAGAAGCACAUGCAGAACAUGAUGUUACUGCAUCAGGGUUUGCCAUUAGGGCUGCCAGGUCUCAUGCAAACACCUCCUGACAUCUAUCAGUAUUAUGGAACUCAAGGCAUGAACUUGCAGGUAAUGAAACUGGAAAACCAAGCUGAUCCACGGUUGAUGAUGAAUGGAUUCCAUCUUGAAUCAACCAAUGUGCAGUCAAUGCCAUUAAAUUCAGGGUGUGGCAAUCCUCCUUCAGAUGCAAGAGUAGCCAGUGUCCAGCAGGUGAAGCCCCUACCAAGAGGCACAUCUGAUGAUGAUGCACCUUUGUCUCCUGAAGAGCCUUCACCACUCAGAGUCUUCUCUUGCCUCAUCUGCAGGGCCUUUAUGACUGACAGCUUAGAGAUGCUUAUGUACCAUGCUAGUGUGGUUCGCAGCCUCCCAGAGAAAGACUGGAAGGAGAUCACUGGGGAUGUUCACCGCUGCCGGUUAUGUUCUUAUGGCACCCAGCUAAAGGCGAAUUUUCAACUUCAUCUUAAGACAGACAAACACUCUCAAAAGUACCAGCUCGCUGCUCAUCUGAAAGAGGGAGGCCCAAGUGCAGAACGACAACUAAGCCAUCUCAACCCAGCAAAUCCAAUCCACCUGCGUUGCAAUGUGUGUGAAUUUGAAUCCAACAGUAAAGAGAAGAUGAGACUUCAUGCAAGUAGCGGAACUCAUGAGAGCAGACACAAAGUUUACAAGCAUCUGCAGGAACUGGACGACCUGUCUGAGUCGGAGACUCCGCAGUAUCAGUGUUGCCUUUGUGAUUAUACCAGCAGCUCCAAACUAAGCAUGGUGCAACACCUGCAUUCUGUGGCUCACCAGAACAGCCAAUCACAGAGUGCCAGACUUCAGCAUCUUUAUGAUGGCACAGUCGACCUGGGGAAGAUUGUUACCCUUCAGGAGUUCAUGGAAGUAGAUUCAGCUCCUUUGCCAGUCCCCUCACCUCCUUCUUCAAAGACUUCAAAGGUUGAUCCCAUUGAUGCAAGCACAAACAGCCAGCUAAACUGUUCUGCUGAAGAAGAAAAGAGAGUAUCAAACUGUGAAGACAAUGCAUUAGUGACGGUUUUCUGUUGCCCCUACUGCAGCUAUAUCAGUCAAAAUGUGGAACAGACCCGAAGUCACGUGAGCUCCCAGCAUGCUGUGCAACCAACUUUUCGGUGUCCAUUGUGCCAGGAGCAGUUACUUGGGAAGGUCAGCCUGCAUUUCCAUCUGACACACGUCCAUAAUGUGGUCUCAGAAUGUGUGGAAAAGCUUCUCCUGGUGGCUACUGUGGUGGACAUGUCCCUGCCAACGAAACUCGUCCCCCAGUGUGACAUGGAAAAGGAGAGAACACGGUGUGAUCCUGAGACGGGCUCACAAAUAACAGACCAAAACCUGGAGCAACCUGUGGGAGAAAGCUCUUAUAAACAAGAAGUAUCCCCAGCUCCUGUGGUAAGUGAGACCUGUGAAAAUGGAGAAAGCUUCAGUGAACAGCAAGAUCAGUCAAAGAUGGACUCUGCAGAUGAUUGUAAGGAUACAGAGUACCAAUGUGAACCCCCCACUACAACCGGAUCUGGAGGGGCACCGAAAGAGCAGCAGCCAUGUGAGAUGUCCAUCAAUGGGCAGAUCUGCUGCCUUUGUCAUCAGAAAGUAGACAGUUUGUUGGAACUUCAAGAGCACUUAGAGAGCACUCAUACUGACCUCAGGAAAACUGACAUACAACAACUGUGUGAGCGAGCUGCCUACAAGGCUGAUGGGGAAAAAAACAUGACAGCCAGUCAAGAACAGCAGCAGGAUAUAGAGGUGGGUGAGGACAGACACUUACAGACAGAACAGGACAGUUCCAAUGGCUCUGCUUUAGAACUAAGGCACCCGCUGUCUUAUAGAAAGUCCACAAACUUUGCCCUGGACAAAUUUCUUGAUCCCUCUCGCCCUUACAAGUGCACAGUGUGCAAAGAGUCAUUCACACAAAAAAAUAUCUUGCUGGUACACUACAACUCUGUCUCCCACCUACAUAAAAUGAAAAAGGCAGCAAUGGAUCCUUCUUUGCCUUCUCGGACUGAAGCAGUUAGUAGUGCUGAUAAACCGUUUAAGUGUACCAUUUGCAGGGUCUCCUACAACCAAAGUUCCACAUUAGAAAUUCAUAUGAGGUCGGUGUUGCACCAAACAAGAUCCAGAGUAGCCAAAUUAGAGGCUGCCAGUCAGCCAGGCAAAGCUAGCAUACCAACUGUGCCAGCAGUACACAUGGAAAAAAGUGAGCCAAGUGGAAAGUCGUCAUGCCCAACACAAAUCAUGCCAGCCAAAACAGAACCUGUUGCAGUUACUCAGGAACCAGCAGACAGCAAGACAGAGCCAACAAGUAACAAGUCCAUGCAAAGCUGUAAAGGAACACCAACACUAGAGUCCCAUGAUUUCAGUAAGAAGAUUCUAGAGGGGCCUUGUCUUCAGGUGCCAGGUGUACCAGGGUUAUCUUUUGCAUCAUCACCAAUUCAUCUCCCUCUUGAUCUCCAGCGACAAGCUUCCCUGUUACAAGCACCAAUUUUUGCUCCUCCCCUUCUUCCCCCAUUUCCACUGAUGCCUGAUGCCCUUCUCCAGUUCCAACAGCAGCAGCAACAGCAACUUCUUCUUCCAUUCUAUGUCCCUGAGUUCAAGAUGAACACAGAUCCAGGAAGGCCUCCGGCACUGUCAAUGCUUUCUGUACCAGGGGCACCAGUGGCAACUGUUGCAGAAAAACAAGUAGAGGAGCAGAACCAAUGUCUGCCUCCCACCUCUCCUAAAAAGACAGCUGCUUCUUCAGAGGAACCAGAGAGUUGUGAUAGCAGUGUACCUGCUCAGCCAUGUGAGAGUGAGAAGAGCAAAGAACCACCUGAAGCAGAUGAGAAGCAGGUAAAAGUGGAAGGCCCUGAAGCUUGUGUAUUACAAAAUGAUGAAUUAACUAAACAGGAAAAAGAGCAAAAAGGGUCUUCUAUGCUACCACCUCGUGCCCCAACAGAUGUAUCAAGGACUGCAGCUAGAGCUUUACUAGAAAACUUUGGUUUUGAGCUGGUGAUUCAGUACAAUGAAGGUAAACAGAGUCUUCAAAGGAGAGAGGAAGGGAAAUUCCCGACAUCAUCUGGGAAGAUGCACUGCAGAGUGUGUGGGAAAUUAUUUUCAAAUAUGCUAAUCCUCAAGAGCCAUGAAGAACAUGUGCAUAAGAGGGUUCUGCCCUUUGAACAGCUGAGCAAGUAUGCAAAGCAGUUCAGAAAAAGUUAUGACAGCAUGUGCUCAUUCAAACAGCCAAUUUCCGAAAGUCCAGUCAUGUCAGGAGUACCCUUACAGGCAGCAGCUUCCAACCUACCAUUUCAGAUGACUUCACCUGAACCUUCACAAGCCAUAUCUGGUGCCAUGAAAGUUCCUCAACUACCUCUCCCUGUAGAGUUUUCUCUGUGCCCACCAUUCUUAAUGCAGCCUGUUCCUUUGCAGUCACUUCCUCCUGUCCUAGCUCCUCAGCUUCCUGUAGCUGAGCAGGCAUUGCUGCCCCCAGUUCAAGCCCCUGGGAGUGAACACAGUACUGAGAUGAAUGAGAACAAGUCCUCUCGCACUCGAAUUACUCAAGAGCAGCUAAAGAUUUUGUGGAGCCACUUUGAUAUCAAUAGUUUCCCUACCGAGGAGAAGAUCUUGCAGGUGUCUGAGCUGUCAGGCCUUCCAGUCAAGGUAGUUAAGCACUGGUUCCGUAACCGACUGUUUAAAGAGCGUCAGCAGGACAAAGAUAACCCUUACAACUUCAGUAUUCCACCUGCUCUGUCCUUAGAUGACACUACAAGUGAUUGCCAGACACUAUCUACAGAAUAUUCCAAGCUAGAUCGCACCAGUAACAAAAGAUUCUCACGGACAAAGUUUUCCGAUUUUCAGUUUCAGGCUCUGCAGUCAUUCUUUGAGCACUGUGCUUAUCCAAAAGAUGAUGAGGUGGAACAUCUGUCUUCUCUUCUUAAGCUUCCAACUCGAGUGAUUGUGGUAUGGUUUCAAAAUGCUCGUCAAAAAGCCAGAAAAAACCUAGAGGGUCAAUUUAAUGCAGAAAGUAAUCGGGAGCAUAUGCGUUUAGCUGCUGAUAGGUGUGUUGUUACUGGGAAUACUGACUACAGCUGUAGAAAGUGUUCAAUGACUUUCCAACAUAUAUUUAGCCUUCUGAGGCACUACAAAAAAUGCUACAGUCAGUCUAAUGGUGAGGACCAUCUAGAUGAAUGCCAUCAAGAAUUUGUCACUGCCCCUUCAGAAGGUACAGAGAAAGCCCCUUCAGUCAGCAUUCCUGCUGAUGAAUUUAAACAUUCUUUAUCAACAGCUGGUGAGAUACUGGAUCAGAAUGAUAACCUAGUAGAAAUGGAAAGUGGGAAUGUGUCUGAUUUGGAUGUGUCCUGUUCUGUUUUGAGAGAAGAAAAGGACAGUGUGGAAACAGAAGAAAAGGAUUCUGUGGACAAGGUCACAGAGGAACAGGAAAAACAAGAGACAGUGGCAAAUGUUAGCAAUGAGUCUGACUGCAUAGAUAGAAUUGAUAAAUCCCAAGAUGAUGUAAAGGAUGUAACAAAUGUAGAAAAAAGGGAUGUCACAGGUGGAGAAAAUCAAGAAAAAGAUGAAACUCAAAUGGAAGUCUUACCUGAUAAUCAGCAGAACUCUGUAAUGGAUCUUAAAGAAGAUAGGUCCUCUCCAAAGCCAAAUACCGAGGAAGAGAAAAUAAAUACUCAGACUUCUGCUCCAGAAGCACUUUUAGUGCAUAAACAAACCCCAACCUCUCCAAUAGUUUGUCAGGUGACACCUUCUGUAAAAGAUGAGAGCCUUCUUCCAGAAGAAAAGAGCUACUCUUGUGAACAAUGCAAGGCAGUACUACCCAGCCUCGAUCUUUUUACAAAACACUGUGCUUUUCAUAUUAUAGCUGGUCAAAACCAACUGGCUUCAGCCAAACUGCUAGACUUGCCCUUUAUGUUCUUUGACAAUAUGAAUCCACUGCUCCCAAGUUCAAUUUUGCCAGCAUCUGUUACACAAGCUUCAUCUAUUUCUGAGCCAAUAUCUCCCAGGAAUCCUCUGAAAAGGAAGUAUGAGGAAGAUGGUGUGCCACAUCUUGACAGUGAUGCAGGGAACAUGGGAGAAGAAACUCCAAGAGACAAGCGACUACGGACCACCAUUCUGCCAGAGCAGCUAGAGAUUCUUUACCACUGGUACAUGCAGGACUCGAACCCAACUAGAAAGAUGCUGGACUGUAUAUCUGAAGAGGUGGGCCUGAAGAAAAGAGUGGUGCAAGUAUGGUUCCAGAACACAAGGGCCAGGGAGAGAAAGGGGCAGUUUCGCUGUGUAGGCCCCCUACAGCCUAUCAAGCAACUAAAUAAGUUUUCCCUGUUGGGAAAAAUGGAUCCACUGGAUCAUAAGGAACCCCGUUUUGGAGACAGUAUGCCCUUUUUACAAAAUAUGAGCUCAAUUACUUUACCAGAAAAGUUUGAAUAUGAGCUUACAACCCAGAAUUUUUACUCCCUGAAUGAGGAAACACAGUUUGAUAAAGAAACUUUAGUUGUUGCUCCCACCUUGACCUGUUCAGAUGCUGUAAAGUCUGAAGACUUCUCCAAAGCCAUUCCUUGUAAACCUUCUGUAGCAGAAGAGAUUGGGGAAGCAUCAUGUGAAACUACCACACAAGCAGAUACAGCUACAAAUUAUACCAUAUCUAAAUCCACUGGCUGUGACACUAACGCAGUAGAUGAUCCUACUGCUAAAAUGGAAAUGGAUUCAGACUAUCCAGAAGAUGACUUCGGUAGCUUAUCUGAUCAUAUACAAAAAACUUCCCCCAUACCACUGAAAGCAGACAACUUCAAGUUGUCACCAUUUGUACCAAAUUUGAAUCUAUCUUUUAGCCCAAAAGAGAGUGGCACAAAGAGCCCAGGUGAUGUCAGUGAGACCUCAAGCAUUGCUGAUCCUGAAUCUCCUAGCCCUUGUGGGAACAACAAUCUCUCAAGAUUUUCUGAAAGCUGCGAUCAACCCAGCCAGAGACGGUACCGUACCCAGAUGACCAGUUUACAGCUAAAAGUCAUGAAAGCCUGCUAUGAGAUUUAUCGUACUCCCACCAUGCAGGAAUGUGAGUUGCUUGGUAGUGAAAUUGGCCUGCAGAAACGUGUCAUCCAAGUGUGGUUCCAGAAUGCUCGUGCAAAGGAGAAGAAAGCAAAGAUGCAGGGCCUCAGCAAGUCUCUUGGGGGAGAACACAGUGAUGGCAGCGGAGCAGCCAAAUCUGAAUGCACCUUCUGUAAUGUCAAGUAUGACUUCUAUGUCUCUUGCAGAAGUCACAUCUUUUCCCAGCAGCACAUUACCCGACUUAAAGAAGUGAUACAGAACCAGCUGAAGAAUGAGAUAAAGUUCUAUGAUCUGGCACCCACCAAGCCUGUGCCCAUACAACCAAGGUUAGAGGAGGUGAAACUGCCAAGCACCCCCGCAGCCAUUAACAAGCUAACUCCACAAGUACUUAACAGUGCUCCUUCCUUUACAGCCCUUGGAUUUCAAAACACAAAUCCUGCUUUACCAGGUCUUGCUCCAGUCCUUCUGUCAGGCCAAACGCUUGCUCCACCACUUGGAGGCCUCACACCUCUUAACACAGGAGUGACUUCACCACACCUCAUUGGUCUUGCUGGUUCAGUGUCCCCAGCAGUCAUCCCUGUUCAGAACAUGCCUAGAAAUUCCUUGCCACAGAAGACACCCCACGAUCAGAUUCCUGCCACUGCCAGUGGCAUUCCAGUGGAAUCCAAAAGAGAAACACUACAGGAAAAUGAGAAAAAGAGUGGCAAUGUAACAUUAGAAGACAUAAAAGAUUCUUCAGAAUCCAAAUCUGUGCCGCCUGUUCCUGUCUUGCCUGCCACUGACAGUAUCAGCAACUCCCUGAAGCUUAAAGCACUGCAAACAGCAAUAGCUGCAGGGGCGGCCCCAAUGCUUGGUAGCCAGUUUUUGCCAUUCUCCCUUCCAGGAACCACACCUUUAUUUAGCAGCCAACUUUCCAGUGGCCUCCCAGGAGCUUAUCUUCAGCAGUUGUAUGGUCUGAAGAAAGGCUUACUCCCUGUGAAUCCAGUAAUACCUCAGACUCUUAUGGGCCUUCUGCCAAACUCCCUGUUACAGCAGGGCCUUCAGGAAGUCCUACAGAAGCAGCUACAGUCCAAUCUUUCACUUACUAUAUCUCAAGCAACACCCCCUGCCAGAGAGGACACUUCCAAAGCUACCCCAAAGGACCAGGACAUUGUCAUCCCCCCGGAGAAUACCUCCAAGGAGAUGGAAACCAAAGUUGAAGAUCUGCCCCAUGCCAUGAUUUCUACAGUGGAUGUCGUCCAUAAGUUCAUCUGCAUGAAAUGCAAGAUGGCUUUUGAAGAUGAAGAUGCCAUAUCAACCCAUCAGAAGUCCUUCUGUUAUUUUGAUCAGCCUCUGAAGUCUCAGGCCACCAGCCUCUGCAUUCCCAUCUGCACUUAUCACUGCUCGGCCUGUGACGUUCUGCUGAGUGGGAAAGAAGCCCUCAGCUCGCAUCUCCGGUCUGACUCGCACAAGCAUAGGACUCUCAAACAGGAUUCAACUUUUGCCAAAGAGCAAGUAAGCUUACCUCAUGCAGACCCCAACCCAAAUGUCACAACUACCUCGCAGCUGAUGGCUUCAUAGAAGGACUUCUCGUUAGGCUCCAUGUACCACCAAAACUGCACCUCUUCCAUUUCCUAUUGUUCUGGAUGGAAAGGCCAAAUACUUUCACCCUUAUACCAAUCUCUUGAACAGUUACCUCAGACUUUUUCUUUCUCCUUCCUCAGUACCUCAAGAGCCUCUGCUUAAGUACCAGUGGAGAACUGGCCACUUCUACCAGUGCUGAGGUUACUUGCUGUAUAACCCCCAAUGACAUUUGUUCAAACUGAGAACAAACAAAAAGAAUUCAACAAAACACAAAGAAAAUAAGAAAAAAAAAUGCAGAUCUUUGCUAGUCAGGGCCUCUGCCUCUCUACUUGAGUUUACGGUUUUCAGAACGAUAUAUAAUAUAAUAUAUAUAUAUAUUAUAUAUAUAUUAUAUACACACAUGCUUACAUACACACAAACACCUAACAUAUAUAAUACAUACAUGCACACACAUACAUGCAUACAUACAGUACACAGAGUUAAAGAAAAAAAAAAAAAACUAAAACUACAAACUGCUAUCCCAAAGCUUUGAAACUUCUAAAGACACCAAAAACUUUCUGUGUUAUGUGCAAGUUUUUGCUUUUUUGGUUUCCCUUAUUUGUUUCAGAAGUAACUGAUGUGACUGUAUCGAAAUGAACUUGAAUGCUUAACACAGAAGACAAGUGGAUAAACUGAUUAUUUAAAAAAAAAAAAAAAGAAAAAAUAUGGAAAAAAGUGACUUGAGAAGCAUUUUCUUACCUCGUUUAUUAUCGUACUUCUAUCUGUGUCCUCUUUUUCUUCCUGUUUUUAAGUUAUUAUAAUUAAUAUAAUUAUUAUAUAUAUAUUUUUUUUGAUGAAACCCAAAGUUCAAAAAGUGGCACCUGUUGGAAUGCCUCAUCCAGGUGCUGGAAAACUAGUGGGGUGGGGUGGGCUGGGGGGAACAUUGGGGCAGUAGCUCCAUGUAUUAAAGCUUUUUCCUCAACUGUGUAUCUUCCGCACAGCACACGACUGUAUGUGUUUGAGGGCACUGUGUUAUGGACAUGUUACCUGCCUUGUGAUGGACAAACCAAGCAUUGCAUAAGGAAGUGUGCUGAAGGGACUAAGGUUGGGUGGAGUAGAGUGGAAUGGGGUGUGGAAAUAAAAGAUUUUCACAUGCACACCCCUACAAGCACACAGCUCCUCUCCAACCUCUUUUCUGUUAAUUUCGUGUACAAGUUCGUUUGUAGCAUGUGGGUGUUUUUUCUCUUAUUAAACGCUCAGAUUGAGAUGUUAAAAAAGAAAAA